CAGUGUCAGUUUAGUUCAGCAGCAGUCAGUCAGUCAGUGCAGUGGUGAGAGAGAAAAAGUUGAGUCGACAAAUUUGUGAAGUGAAAAAAGUGAAUUUUCUACUGCGUUCGAGUUUGGUUCGUGCGAAGAAAAACCUGCUUCCUCGAGUUGUGGAUUACACGAACCGACUAGCGGCCAGGGUCGGCUUUAGAGACGAGAAAACUUCUAAACAAUUCUUGUUGAUUGAUCGGCCAGGAUGGCGACCAGGAAAAAGGUCCUACUGAAGGUGAUCAUCCUCGGCGACAGCAGCGUCGGCAAGACUUCGCUGAUGAACCAGUACGUGAACAAGCGCUUCUCGAACCAAUACAAGGCCACGAUCGGGGCGGACUUUCUCACCAAGGAGGUGGUCAUCGACGAUCGGGUCGUCACGAUGCAGAUUUGGGACACGGCCGGUCAGGAGCGUUUCCAGUCGCUCGGAGUGGCGUUCUACCGCGGGGCGGACUGCUGCGUGCUGGUGUACGAUACGACCGCGCCGAACACCUUCAAGAAUCUCGACUCGUGGCGGGACGAGUUUCUGAUCCAGGCGAGCCCGCGCGACCCGGACCACUUUCCGUUCGUAGUGCUCGGCAACAAGAUCGAUCUGGAGAAUCGUGCGGUGUCAACGAAGCGUGCCCAGCAGUGGUGCCAGGCCAAAAAUGAUAUUCCCUACUUUGAGACGUCGGCCAAGGAAGGCAUCAACGUAGAUCUUGCGUUCCAGACGAUUGCCAAAAACGCGUUAGCCCAGGAGAGUGAGGUCGAACUCUACAACGAGUUCCCGGACCAGAUCAAGCUGAACGCGGACCGCAACAACCGGCCCCGAAACGGUGACAACUGCUCGUGCUAACUGCUACUAAAUAGGUAAAUUUCUAACAAAACAAAAAAAACUAUGAACUAAACAAGGAGAAGGAAGCAACAAUUGCGCUCGCGCGAUCGCGACAGGUACGACGAAAGCGCGGCAGGAUGAACAUCAGAUCAGAACGGGGACAGCCGCCAACUCGCAGUAGUUGAACGAUUGAUUUAUAUUUUUUUCAAUUUAAGAGUAAACACGUUUUGAAAAACAAUAUUGAAAGCAUAGAAAACCGUAAAGUAUGUAUAUUCAAUAGGGAACACCUUAUGCAACAUCGAGUUUUGCGCUUGACAGUGCGCUUUUCUGAAGCUUUCUUUCUAACAAAAAUAAACAAAUGCAUGCCAGAAGUUUUCAUGCAAUGGGCCUGGAACUAUUCUAUCUUUCACGUUGCAAGGAAAAACUCCAAUUAUGUUGAAACACAUUUAUUUACACUCUUCGAAACGGUAGAAUCAAUAAAAACAUUACAAAACAAUAUGAAUGAUGAUGUAUAGUUAUUAUUAAGUAUAUGUUUUGAUUGAGCAUCAAUGCAGCAGCAAAAUUUUGUUUAAAGGCUUAAAUCUGAUCCUGGGUAGGUAGAGAUGAUUUAGCGUGUAAUAGUGAAUCAAGUUUAACAAUUGUUUAUCUCACUACGAAGCUCUUUCGUUAGUUUAAAAAAAAUCGAAAGCACUCGGUACAACAAAAACAUAUUUUCACUGAAAUUCCAAUAUUACAGUUAGAUUCUGCUCGCUUUUGAUGCUUUAUAAUUAAAUUAUUGACUAAAAACAAGAAAAUGCUAUAGAAUCUAGCUAAUAAAUGAUACAAUACAAGCUAAAAAAAA